AUGGCCGGGCUACCCCACAGGAUUAUCAAGGAAACCCAGUGUUUGCUGGCAGAACCAGUUCCCAGCAUUAAAGCAGAACCAGAUGUGAGCAACGCCCGUUACUUUCACGUGGUCAUUGCUGGCCCUCAGGCAGACUCUCAACCACUGCGCCACCAGGGAAGCCCUGAGGGAGGGACUUUUAAACUUGAACUAUUCCUUCCAGAAGAAUACCCAAUGGCAGCCCCUAAAGUAUGUUUCAUGACCAAAAUGUAUCAUCCUAAUGUAGACAAGUUGGGAAGAAUAUGUUUAGAUAUUUUGAAAGAUAAGUGGUCCCCAGCGCUGCAGAUCCGCACAGUUCUGCUAUCGACCCAGGCUUUGUUAAGUGCUCCCAAUCCAGGUAAUCCGUUAGCAGAUGAUGUAGCGGAGCAGUGGAAGCCCAACGAAGCCCAAGCCAUAGAAACAGCUAGAGCAUGGGUUAGGCUAUAUGCCAUGAAUACUAUUUAAAUCUAUCCAAUCAUCAAGUGCACGUCACUUCUCCUGUUCUGCCAAGACUUCUUCCUUUUUUGUUUGCAUUUAAUGGACACAGUCUUAGAAACAUUACAGAAUAAAAGCCCAGACAUCUUCA